CGCACGAACCACCAUCUCCUCCACCCAACCCCCACACAUACCCAUCCGUGCUCCAUGGCGACCUCCGCUCAGGGCGCCGCAUCUCUCGCCUCAGCCGGCGCAGAGGCCAGCCAGACUGCCGCCUCUGCCGCAACCGACGCGGCUGCGGCGCCGGCAGCGACUGUGCAGGACGAGGCAGACGACUCGGGCGACGACGACGAUGACGACGCCGACGAUGCAGACGAGUCGGCGGCCGCAGGCAGCACGCUGAACUCGAAGCAGCGCAAGAAGAAGAAGAGCAAGGCGGCCGCCAAGCUGCGCAAGCGGCUCGGCCUCGGCUCGGGCGAUGCAGAUGGCGCCGCCGCAUCCUCUUCCUCCACCUCGUCGAAGAGCAAGGAGCUGCCGGACGAGGUCGUGGCACAGAUCAAGCAGACUGUCGCUGCCGAGCACGGCGAGCGUGCGGCGUCCAAGGUCGACAAGAAGAACCUGGCGGAGAUCAUGAGCCGCCUCAACCUGGAGCGCGAGGCCAUGCUGCGCUCGCAGGAGAGCAAGCAGAAGGGGCAGAAGGCGCUGGCGGACCACAAGUUCUGGAAGACGCAGCCCGUCACGAAGCCUGACGAUGCGCCGCUCCGCUCUGCGGCAGAGGAAGGUCCGAUCAAGCCCAAUCAGCCGCCGCAUGAGGUCCAGCAGGAGCCGUACCCGCUGCCGAAGGACUUCGAGUGGGUGUCGAUGGACAUCGACGAGCCGGAGCAGCUCAAGGAGAUCUACGAGCUGUUGUCGGCCAACUACGUCGAGGACGACGACGCGAGCCUGCGCUUCAACUACUCGCCAGAGUUCCUGAAGUGGGUCCUGAAGCACCCGGGCUACAACAAGAAGUGGCACAUCGGCGUGCGCGUCACGUCGACGCGCAAGCUCGUCGCCUUCAUCUCCGGCAUCCCGCACGAGCUGCGCGUGCGCGAGCAGGCGUUCCACUCGUCGGAGAUCAACUUCCUCUGCGUGCACAAGAAGCUGCGCAGCAAGCGGCUGACGCCGGUGCUCAUCAAGGAGGUCACGCGGCAGUGCCAUCUCACGGGCGUCUUCCAGGCCAUCUACACAGCGGGCGCUGUCAUCCCGACGCCGAUCGCUUGCUCACGAUACUACCAUCGCACGCUGAACGCGGUCAAGCUCCUGGACAUUGGCUUCGCCGCCAUCCCGCAGAACAUGUCGCGCGAGCGCUACCUGCAGCGCUUCGCACUGCCCGCAGACCCGCUGAUUCCUGGCCUGCGCGAGAUGCGCGAGGGAGAUGUGGCCAAGGUGGGCCGCCUGAUGCGGCGCUACAUGCGGCGCUUCGACAUGGCGCCGCGCUUCUCCGACGAGGAGGUGCGGCACGUCAUGCUGAGCGGCCGAGGCGUCGACGAGGGCGGCAAGCGCGUGGGCCAAGUGACCUGGACCUAUGUCGUCGAGAACCGCGAGACGGGCGCGAUCACCGACGUGUGCUCAUUCUACAGCCUGCCGUCGUCAGUGCUCGACAACGCCAAGCACAAGGUGCUCAACGCCGCCUACCUCUUCUACUACGCAACGGACGUGCCGUUUACCACGCCCGCGCCGCCAGCCGAGGGCACGUCUGCGUCCGCCUCAGCCACACGCUCGCCCGCUGCAGCCUCAGCCGCGCCGGCACCGCGGCAAAAAGCAGAGGACCUCGAGCCGUGGCAGCGCAGCGGCAUCACGGGUCUCAGCGAGGAAGAGGAGGCCGACGAACGCGACGUGCCGCGGUGGGACCAAGAAGACGCGACGCUGAAGCGCCGGCUGUCUGUGCGCCUCAAUGCACUGGUGCAGGACCUGCUGAUCCUCGCGAAGAAGUUCGACUUCGAUGUGGUCAACUGCCUUACGGUGAUGGACAACCAGCUCUUCCUCUCGGAGCAGAAGUUCGGGCCCGGCGAUGGCUUCCUGCGCUUCUAUCUCUUCAACUGGCGUGUGCAGCCAAUCGCCGGCGGCAUGGGUAACCGUGCCGGCGAGCCGGAGCUCGACCCCGUCGUGGCGCACCUCAAGGCCACCGCGACUGCCUCGUCGCAGUCCAGCGGCGGCAAGGUGUCGGACGAGCAGAUGAUGCGCAUCAUGGAGCGGCGUCCGCGCGCCGAGCUCGGCAGCGGCAACGGCAUCGUCAUGGUCUAGACGUGAGCACCGCUCGCUCCUUCCUAGACCUCCUGCCAGGUGAGCAGGGCCCGGAUAACCGUCCGAGGGCACGCCGAGCCAGCAAUCAGACAACUAGAGAGAGGUGAUGUUGUGCAAUGCGUGACAGUGAUGCGU